AUGUAUAGAAUUCUAUAUGCCAAAAUUUUUUUACUCACAUUUAGCGCUUGGAUAUUGCGCGCCUCUGAUAAUGAAAAGGGUUUGAGUUAUAACGGAAACAAUGGGGAAAGAAAUGCGCAAAAUGAUCUGGAGUUAAAAGUACCUAGAUUGCUUUCAGUAAACGAUUUAGAUUCAGAAUUAGAUUUUGGCAGUUUAGAAAGCUUAGCGAGUGAAAACGAAAGACAAGAAAGAUAUGAAAGGCCAGAAGAACUGGACUUACGUGCUUUCGGUUUAGAAAACGAUGAAGAAUUGGACCCCAAUUUAGAAUCAUUUAAAGAAUAUAUAAAACAUGUAGCAAGAAGUGAUAAAUCUUUACAGGAAAAAUACGAAGAUACAAAGGAUUAUAUCAAAAACAUGGACCCCAUGACAAGAAAAAAAAUUAGAAGAGAAAUAAAAGACAAGUUAAACGAAAGCAGACGUAUGAAGCGCCGAAGAAGAUGCUCCAAAAUGCAUGGCAGGUGCAGAGAUAUGUAUAGAGAUUUACAGUACAAUGAUUACAGAAUGAUGUCUCAAAUACGCAAGAUGGAAAAGAGAAUGUCAGGUCGUUCCUUCAGCGCUGGUGCUUUAACAGCUUUUCUAGCUAUCAUCUUGUUACCAGUUGAAUUACUUUGCUGCUCUACUGUACUCUUCCUUAUGGGGGUCUCUUUAAUUUUCUUACUCUUGAAAAAAUUCUAA